CCACUCCCCUCUCUCCCCUGUACCUACCCUCGCUUUUACAACUACAGGGAGCCGGUAAUUCUCCUCCCGGCUCUUCCCGGGACGCCGUCCCCCCGCCAUUUUUUCUGAUUUGGAGCUCCCAUCGCUUCAAUCUCUUAGCCGAUCGGCUCCCAAAAGCAUUUCCGGGUGCUCGGGCUGUUGAUUCCGAAGCUCCUGCUUGUUUAAUUGUACGGUAAACGGAGUUGUUCAAUGGGUUCUUCUUCUUCAGAACCCUGUGCUUGAAGGUGGUAUUGGCAUAUUUAAUAUGCUAUAGAGCAUUUUUCCACGAACUCAGCAAACUACAAUUGGGAAUUAUUUUGCUUACAUCAUGUCCCCUGGAGGUUAAUGGAAUGAUGGACUGCUUUCGUACUGUAAGCUAUCCGAAUGGUAAUAUGUGCCACCGAUUACUAUUGUUUGUCGUCUGGAUAUCCAGUUUUCAUGAUGGAGUUGUCUUAUCUACUCUGGUACAGCAUAGUAUUGUUUCUUCCACAGGAGAGCAGGCUCAGUCACCUAGUAGUGUUGUCUUUGAUCCUAUAGAGAUAUCGCCUGCAGUUAUCCCACAAUACCCUUAUCCCAAUGAUUCCUUGCCUCCAAUGUAUCCAACCUUUCCUACCAGAUAUGAACCAGUCUUAACUGGAAGAUGCCCUGUAAAUUUCUCUGUCAUAUCAAAUGUUAUGGACAAAACAGCAUCAGAUUGUUCUCAGCCCAUGGCAGCACUUGUAGGAAACGUUAUUUGCUGUCCACAACUAAGUAGCCUGCUUCAUAUCUUCCAGGGUUUCUAUGGCUUAACCUCUGAUCGGUUGGUUUUACAAGAGGCAGUUGCUAAUGAUUGUUUUUCAGAUAUCAUUAGCAUCUUAGCCAGCAGAGGAGCGAAUCAGACGAUACCUUCUCUUUGCUCGGUCAAAUCUUCAAAUCUUACUGGUGGGUCAUGUCCAGUCACAGACGUUGCAACGUUUGAAAAAUCAGUUAAUGUAAGCAAAUUAUUAGAUGCAUGUGAUACAGUUGAUCCUCUAAAGGAGUGUUGUAGACCAAUAUGUCAGCCUGCUAUCAUGGAGGCUGCACUUCAGAUUUCUGGAAGGCAAUUUUCUAUGGAUACCAAUAGUAACUUGGCAGGGGAGCCGAAUCAUAUUGAUUCAAUAAACGAUUGUAAAAGAGUUGUCUAUUCAUAUAUUUCUAGGAAACUCUCCUCCGAUGCUGCCAACACUGCAUUUCGAAUAUUAUCUGCCUGCAAAGUGAACAAAGUUUGUCCUUUGGAUUUUGAGCAGCCCUCAGAAGUAAUUAAAGACUGCCGCAAUGUUGCUGCUCCUAAUCCCUCAUGCUGCAGCUCAUUGAACACUUACAUUGCUGGGAUCCAAAAGCAAAUGUUAAUUACAAACAAACAAGCUAUAAUCUGUUCAACAAUGUUCGGAUCCAUGUUGCGAAAAGGUGGGGUUAUUACAAAUGUUUAUGAGCUGUGUGAUGUCGACUUGAAAGAUUUCAGCAUUCAAGCCUAUGGACAGCAAGGAUGUCUUCUUCGGAGCCUGCCUUCAGAUGUGAUAUUUGACAAUUCCACGGGCUUUAGUUUUACCUGUGAUUUGACUGAUAACAUUGCAGCACCGUGGCCUUCGUCGUCCUCAAUUUCUACACUGUCUCUUUGUGCGCCCGAGAUGUCAUUGCCUGCUCUACCAACAACAGAGACUAAGAGAAACCAUGGCCAGCGUGAGGAAGGAUUGGAUUUCCCAAUGCUCAUUUUUUCAUUUUUUAUUAUGAUCAGUGCAUUUUUGUACUGAGUUAGAUCUAGAUGUAGAUGUUCUGUGGUGUUGUUCAAUGUUUGGGGGGCAUCUUGGGAAUUUUACCCUGGAUUUUUGUAUGUAUAUUUUGAGUCUUGUGUAUAGUAGUAGCUCUUUAUUAUUAUUAUUAUUAUUAUUAUCAUCAUCAUCAUCAUCAUUUUGUAA